AUGGUAGGGGAAUUGAAAGUGGAUGAAAAUUGUAAAGGGAUUAACUACAAAUUGGAUUCAGUGGCCUUUGAGGAUGUGGCUGUGAACUUCACCCUGGAGGAGUGGGCCUUACUGGAUUCUUCACAGAAGAAACUCUACAGAGAUGUGAUGCAGGAAACCUUCAGGAACCUGGCCUCCACAGGAAAAAGAUGGGAAGAGCAUGACAUUAAAGAUCAGUACAAAAACCAGAGGAGAAAAUUAAGAAACCCAAUGGUAGAGAGACUCUGUGAAAAUAAAGAGGUUAGUCAAUAUGGAGAAAACUUCAACCUUAUUUCAAAUCUCAAUCUGAACAAAAAAACCACUGGAGUAAAACAACAUGAGUGCAAAGCAUGUGGAAAAGUCUUUGUAUUUCGUUCCUCUCUUAGUAGGCACAGAUGUCACAAUGGACACAAAAUAUAUGAAUUUCGAAAAUAUGGAGAGAAGCCAUAUAAGUGCAAAGAAUGUGGUAAAGCCUUUAGUUAUCUGAACUGGUUGGAAAAACAUGAAAUAACUCACAAUGGAGAAAAUUCCUGUGAAUGUAAAAUAUGUGGUAAAGUCUUUAGAUCUUCCAGAAAUGUUAAAAUACAUAAAAUAACUCACACUGGAGAGAAGCCCUAUGAAUGUAAAAUAUGUAGUACAGCAUUUAGGUAUCUCAGUGAUCUUCGAAGACAUGGAAAAACUCACAGUGGAGAGAAGCCCUAUGAAUGUAAAAUAUGUGCUAAAGCCUACAGAGACCACUGGUCUUUUCAAAUACAUGAAAGAGUUCACACUGGAGAGAAGCCCUAUGAAUGUAAAAGAUGUGGUAAAGCCUACAUAUCCUACAGGUCCUUAAAUAGACACAAAGAAACUCACACUGCAAAGAAUCCCUAUGAAUGUAAAAUAUGUAGUACAGCAUUUAGGUAUCUUAGUGAUCUUCAAAGACAUAAAAGAACUCACACUGGGGAGAAACCCUAUAAAUGUAAAAUAUGCAGCAAAGCGUUCACAUAUUCCAAUUCACUUCCAAAACAUGAAAAAAUACAUACUGGAGAGAAACCAUAUGAAUGUAAGCAAUGUGAUAAAUCCUACAGAGACCAUAGUUCCUUACAAAGACAUGAAAGAACUCAUAAUGGAGAGAGACACUGUGAAUGUAAACGAUGUGGAAAAGUCUACAAAGAUCCCAGUUCCUUACAAAGACACAAAAGAGCUCAUACUGGCGAGAAACCCUGUGAAUGUAAACGAUGUGGAAAAGUCUACAAAGAUACCAGUUCCUCUCAAAGACACAAAAGAGCUCAUAUUGGAGAGACACCCUACAAAUAUAAGAAAUGUGGAAAGCCUUUAUUGAGAUCACAUAAUCUGUUUAAGACACAUGACAGUGAAUACUGA